UCCUACAAACUGGCUCCGGGGCUGCAGCGACACUCACCCUAGAAUUUAAGGUGCUCAGCCUACAGAGACUCCUUGCAGCCAGAGAAAGAGAAAGGGACCGGUCAAAACACGCAACGUGUCCAGUGAGGACAUUGCCAGAAUUCCGUGACCAAACAACAAUGGCCGCUCAAAGGAAUAGCUCCGGCCGCAGCGCGCUGGUUCUGCUCUUCCUUUUCCUCGGUGCGCGGUGGGAGUCAGAUGCCCGGCAGAUCCGCUACUCGGUGCCUGAGGAGCUGGACAGAGGCUCCUUCGUGGGCAACAUCUCCAAGGAUCUGGGACUGGAGCCCCGGGAUCUGGCGGAGCGCGGAGUCCGCAUCGUCUCCAGAGGUAGGACGCAGCUUUUUGCUCUGAAUCCGCGGAGUGGCAGCUUGGUGACGGCGGGCAGGCUAGACCGGGAGGAGCUCUGCGCUCAGAGCGCGCGGUGUCUGGUGAGUUUUAACAUUCUGGUGGAAGAUAGGGUGAGACUUUUCGGGAUUGAAAUAGAAGUAACUGAUAUCAACGAUAAUGCCCCCAAAUUCCAAGCGGAAAAUCUAGACGUAAAAAUCAAUGAAAAUGUCGCCCCAGGGAUGCGUUUUCCUCUCCCGGAAGCUGUUGAUCCGGAUGUGGGCGUGAACUCCCUACAGAGCUACCAGCUCAGCCCUAGUAGGCACUUCUCUCUGGCAGUUCAGAGCCGUGCCAAUGGUGUCAAGUACCCGGAGCUGGUGCUGGAGCGCGCCCUGGAUCGGGAGGAAGAGGCACAGCACCAUCUGGUCCUCACUGCCUCCGAUGGGGGUGACCCUCUCCGAUCUGGCACUGUCCUCAUCAGUGUCACUGUCUUCGAUACAAAUGACAACGCUCCUGUCUUCACUUUGCCUGAAUACCGAGUGAGUGUUCCCGAGAACUUGCCUGUGGGCUCACAGCUGCUGACAGUCACUGCUACCGACAGGGAUGAAGGAGCCAAUGGAGAAGUGACAUAUUCAUUCCGAAAAUUACCCGAUACACAAUUACAGAAAUUCCAACUAAACAAAAAUACUGGAGAAAUAAAAAUAUCAGAAAAUCUAGAUUAUGAAGAAACAGGCUUCUAUGAAAUAGAAAUACAAGCAGAAGAUGGCGGAGCAUAUCUUGCAACUGCAAAAGUGUUGAUUACAGUAGAAGAUGUAAAUGACAACAGUCCAGAGGUGACUAUCACAUCUCUGUUUAGUCCCCUGAAGGAAGAUUCACCUCUGGGGACUGUUAUAGCUCUGUUAAACGUGCACGAUCUAGACUCUGGGCAGAAUGGACAGGUCACCUGUUCCAUAGCAGGAAAUCUACCGUUUAAGUUAGAAAAGUCCAUUGAUAGUUACUAUAGAUUGGUGACACAUGGAGCUCUUGACAGGGAGCAGGUAUCCUCUUACAAUAUUACUGUAACAGCCACAGAUGGGGGAAGUCCACCCCUGUCGAUGGAAACUCACUUCACCCUGCAAGUGGCAGACAUCAAUGACAAUCCACCCACCUUCUCUCACAUAUCCUACGUUACCUAUAUCCCAGAGAACAACCCAAGAGGUGCCUCCAUCUUUUCAGUGACUGCACUAGACCCCGACAGCAAAGAGAAUGCUCAGAUUAUUUACUCUCUAACUGAAGACACUAUCCAGGGGGCACCUCUAUCUUCCUAUAUCUCCAUCAACUCUGACACAGGAGUCCUGUAUGCACUUCGCUCCUUCGACUAUGAGCAGUUUCGUGACCUACAGAUGCAGGUAACUGCCACAGAUAGUGGUAGCCCACCACUCAGCAGCAAUGUGUCACUAAGCCUAUUUGUGCUGGACCAGAAUGACAAUGCUCCAGAGAUCCUGUACCCAUCUCUUCCCACUGAUGGUUCCACUGGUGUGGAAUUGGCACCCCGCUCUGCAGAGCCUGGUUAUCUGGUGACUAAGGUGGUGGCAGUGGACAGAGACUCAGGCCAGAAUGCCUGGCUGUCCUACCGCCUGCUCAAGGCCAGCGAGCCAGGACUCUUCACGGUGGGACUGCACACCGGAGAGGUGCGCACUGCGCGGGCCCUGCUGGAUAGAGACGCCCUCAAGCAGAGCCUAGUGGUGGCAGUUCAGGACCAUGGCCAGCCCCCUCUCUCUGCCACUGUCACGCUCACAGUGGCUGUGGCUGACAGCAUCCCAGAUGUCCUGGCUGACCUGGAAAGUCUUGAGCCUUCCAACAACCCUGACCACUCCAGCCUCACGCUGUACCUGGUGGUGGCAGUGGCUGCUGUCUCCUGUGUCUUCCUUGCCUUUGUCAUCAUGUUGCUGGCACUCAGACUACGCCGCUGGCACACAUCUCGUCUACUCCAGGCUUCAGGAGGCGGGUUGGAGGGCGUGCCAGCCUCGCAAUUUGUGGGUGUGGAUGGGGUGCGGGCUUUCCUGCAGACCUAUUCCCAUGAGGUCUGCCUCACUGCUGACUCUCGGAAGAGUCAUCUGAUCUUUCCCCAGCCCAACUAUGCAGACACACUCAUCAGCCAGGAGAGCUGCGAGAAAAAGGAUCCUUUGUCUUUGUUAGAUGAUUCGAAGUUUCCUAUAGAAGAUACCCCUUUGGUUCCACAAGCCCCACCCAACACGGACUGGCGUUUCUCUCAGGCCCAGAGACCCGGCACCAGCGGCUCCCAAAAUGGCGAUGAAACCGGCACCUGGCCCAACAACCAGUUUGACACAGAGAUGCUGCAAGCCAUGAUCCUGGCCUCCGCCAGCGAAGCCGCCGAUGGGAGCUCCACCCUGGGAGCGGGUGCCGGCACCAUGGGCUUGAGUGCCCGCUAUGGGCCCCAGUUCACCCUGCAGCAUGUGCCCGACUACCGCCAGAAUGUCUACAUCCCCGGCAGCAACGCCACACUGACCAACGCCGCGGGCAAACGGGAUGGCAAGGCCCCGGCAGGUGGCAACGGCAACAAGAAGAAGUCUGGCAAGAAGGAGAAGAAGUAAUGUGGAGGCCGGGCCUGGAGCCACAGGGCCACCUCCCCCCCGCCAGCCCAGCCUCUCCCUACCUGGACCCAGGACUGGGAUUUUCAGGGCUCACCCCCAGGAUCCUGGUGGGGCCCAGGCCAUGCUUCCCUUGGGAAACAGAAACAAGUGCCCAGUCAACACCACCCUUUCUGUCCCCAGGGGAUUGAAUAUGCAAAGGGAGUUCUGCUGGGAACCCCCAUCCAAUCAAUUGCUGUGCCCGAGGGGGUAGUGGGGUUAGUGUAGACAUCAUUUAUCACACCUGCUUUAGUUAUAGCUGAACUCCUCCAUCUUCCAAAUUCAAUCAGGCCCAGCGGUCCCCUGCCUCCCUCCUACCUGUGCCACCCCACCCCACUCCUUCAACAGCUCCUCUUUCUUGAGUAAGGUGGUUGGGGUGUUGAGGUACCUGGUGACCUAAAAAGGCUCAUAAUUCUGAAGAGUCUAAAGGGCAUCGUGACCUCUUGGCCUCUCCUUCAAUUCUCAAACUUCCCCCAAAGCAUGGUUUGGUGCCAGUCCCUUCACCUCCUUCCAGAGCCCGAGUCCAAGCUCAAGUUUUGGGAGACAUGGUCACCAUUCCAUGGUAGUGAUGCUUGCUGGAUUUAGGGAGGGCAUUUUGCUACCAUGCCUCUUCCCAAUGCUCUAGGGACCAGUUUUUUUUGUUUUGUUUUGUUCUUCAUUGUUUGAUGUUCCCACUGCAUGCUGUGACUGCCCCCUCCCCAAACAGGAGACUCCAUUGCAUGUUCCAAGACCGUAUAUGGUGGUAAGAUAAAGAGGGAAGGGUGUGUAUGUGGAUGGGGGAGGGAGGAGUGGAUAAAUCUUGACCCAUUAGUUAACAGGGUCUUGCAGGAGGCUCAGUAUGUUCCCAGGGUACUGACCAGAUCCCCAAAUUCCAGCCAUAAACCAAGCACCAGGCUGAACCCCUCAUUACCACAUACAUACAAAAGGCUCCACCCAAGCAGCCAGCUUUGGGCUGAGCUACCAGCGCCAAUGGAUUUAAACUGGCAUUACAGUCCAAGGAAGGUCUGAGCAGGUUUGGGACCGGGUUCCUUGGAGAGGUCAGAGGGGCUCUGUGGGUGCUGGGUACUCCAGAGGUACCCCUAGUGGGACGAUCAGUGUGUCCCCUCCCUCCCACCCCGGCAGGAAGGGAGGGCCAGCUAGGCCAUUCUUGGUCCCUGGGUUGAGGAGGCAAGGGAUUAGAGUAGGGACCAAGUGGACAGAAAUUCUCAGCCCAGGAUCAGGCUUCUCCACGGGGCCCCUGCAUUCCCCAAGCCUUGGUCCUUCACCUUUUGCCAGGUGCCAUUUCUUCUCUGUGAAGGCCACUGCCCAGGCCCUCAGUCCACCCCCUAGUGGCCAGAGCCUGGUUAUAAAGUCCCCAGUGCCUCCUUGUGCAUAAACCUUCCUCCGCCCACCCACUUCUGCCUCCCCCUCCCCAGUCCCGUUCAUCCAGCGGGGCUGUGCUAGAACCCCACCCUCGUCCUUACAGUAGUGUAGCGACCCCCUGCCUCCCUCUAUGGCUGGUGUAGAAUAGCCGAUAGUGUAGUGCGGUGUGCUUUUCCGUGAUGGCGAGUGGGCAGCGGGCGGCGGGCUCCGCGCAGCCGUCUGUCCUUGAACCUGCCUGCGGUGGCCCGUGCUGUGUUUUGUGCUGUGUCCACGCACUGCGGCGACCCCCUCCCUGGUACUGACUCCUAUAAGCGCUUCUCUUUGCAUAGUCACGUAGCUCCCCACCCCUUUCCUGUGUCUCACGCAAGUUUUAUACUCUAAUAUUUAUAUGGCUUUUUUUUUCUUUGAAAAAAAAUAAUAAAAAGGUUUCUUCUGA